AUGAACUCUGAAGAUACAUAUCGAUCUGUGCAGCAACGAUAUGCAAGUGUUGCAAAUCAGACGGAGUUGAAUGAACAGAGGGAUUAUGAAAGAAAAGUGGCAACGGCAUUUGGAUAUGACCCGGACGAUUUACGCUCUCUACCCGAAAAUGCGAACCUAGGUGUUAGUUGUGGGAAUCCAUUAGCGACGGCUAAUAUCAGUCUGGGUGAGACAGUCGUUGAUCUGGGUAGUGGUGGAGGUAUCGAUAUUUUACUCGCCGCGAAGAAAGUUGGGCCCGAAGGGAGGGCUAUUGGUAUCGACAUGACGAAGGACAUGCUGGAAUUGGCCCGUCGGAAUGCGAAAAAUGCUGGAGCCUCAAAUGCAUCGUUUAUCGAAGCAUUCAUCACAUCUAUCCCGCUACCAUCAUCUACGGUUGACUGCAUCAUCAGCAACUGUGUGAUAAACCUAGUGCCAGAACCUGAGAAACAUCUUGUAUUUCAAGAGAUAUUUCGUCUACUGAAGCCGGGAGGUAGAGCUGCAAUCAGUGAUAUCUUAGCAAAGCAAGAGCUUCCGCUCGAAAUAAGACAAGACCUCUCCCUAUAUGUUGGCUGUAUCGCGGGGGCUAGCCAGGUUGGGGAUUAUGAACGAUAUCUCAAGGAAGCAGGAUUUCAAGACGUCUUGAUUGUCAAUACCAACAGUGACCUCAACAUGUACAAGGAGAUGUGGCAGAAAGAAGAUAGUAACGAGGCGCCGGCAAAAAGGUCAUGUUGUGCUACUACAACCGUUACUGAAUCGAGAGAGGUCAAGGGAUUGCCAAACGUCGAUUUCAAUGUUUGGACUGGCUCAUUUAAGAUCUUUGCUGUGAAGCCCGUCUGA